GAGUAUGCGAAUAACACAAGACGCCGUGUGGUGUUAAUACUUGCUCAAUGUGCGAAAAGCCUUUUUUAUACUAUUGGAAGUGCAAUUAAAUGCUUUUAUUGCCCAAGUCACUACAAUCAGUUUCGUGUUUUCUAUCCUCUGCGAGUUGCAUUGAAAUGUGUUUUGAGCUCAAGUGAAUAUAUUGAGAAAUUUACUAUGCCGUGAUUUCACAGUGAUCUACAAAUACAGAACACCAAGAGGAAAUAAAUGUUAUGAAAACAACAUAUCUACAAUCAGAACAAUUGCAGAGAAAUUUAAGACAGUAUGUUAUAUCCUCCACAUUCAAUUGGCUCUUCCAACUGCAAUAAUAAAACAGUAUAAUGUCGGCUACAGUGGACGAGGAUGAAGAUGGUGGUGGUGCCCAAGGUCAGAAUGUUUUGGAAAAAAUAAGUGGUUUACUCAAUGGUGCUUCAACAUCUCAUUCUUGCGCACCGGAAACAAUAGUAAUUGAAGACAUUUCUCAAACGCGCACUGUUCACGAAGAAGAAAUUUUGCUAAUCAAUGGCAUACCUUUGCGAUUACCUUCUGAGCAAGACGAACAAAGUGCCAACAACGAAGGCUCUGAUGCAGUUACAAUCCGUAAUGCAUUACGGGCUGGCGAAAUUCCUUCUAUUGUAGUAUUAAAUCGAAUAAUAGAAAAAUUGCAUCAGAAGAAUCCUGUUGGUGGUAUUGUAUUAGCCGUUGAAACAUCGCUCACGGUCAGCAAUUGUCGCAAAACCACAGAGAAAUGUGUGGUAAAGCCGAUUGCUGUGAGUAAAGUAGAAGUGGCCACUCCUUGGGAAUCAACCGAAGAACGUGUCGAAAAACAACUCUAUAGUAGCAAAACUGUUGAAAUAUCCGAAGGCUUCCCUACAGAUGCUGACUCGUCUAGAAAAAAGCACUACUGGCCAAGUGGCAGUGUCGACUCCGGCCAAUGGACGGAAACGGAUAUUCAAGAAUCUAAACAAGCUGUGGAAAGCAACUUCACAAAAACAGAUGACCUACUGUUGCAUUAUACAGAAGGAAAUCUGAUGUCGGGAUCUCUGGACGGUUUGCUAACCCAUUUCACGCCAUCUGCAUCGUAUUUUCCUGAUAAGUCAUUCAUGUUCACUUUUCUACUUGCUGCGCGACAAUUUCUACGCCCUGAUGAAAUUCUCGACAAAGUUAUGAUAUCAACACAAGCGAACGGAGGUUCCUCGAAUGUUCCCCGUUUACUAGCGGCUUGGAUGCAUUAUUUCCCAUACGAUUUUAGAGAUGAGCGUAUGAUGCGUAUUGUUCGAAGUUUCACAGAGCAAUCAACCGAAAAUGACAAAAAAUUCCAACGCGAAAGGAAUACACUUUCACGAGCUUUGCGCCGAUUAGCUAAUCGCUUGACAAAACUAGAAAAAUAUGAACUGGACAAAAAUCUCUUGCAGCAACUAAAAUACAAUGCCGACGAAUGGAGAAACGCACAACCGCUAGUGGAGUUAGCUAGCGGUUCGCCUGUUCUGAUGGCCAAUACUCUUACUACGAUAGAGGCAGAACGCUUCUCAUUCAUAGCUCUGGAAGAAUUCUUUCCAGCACCGUACAGCUCUACUUCAUGUCGAAUAGGAGUUAGCAAUUUAUUAGCCUAUGUACAAUGGUACAAUAGGCUAACCUACGUUGUUGCCACAGACAUUUUACGAUCUCCUCGUAAAAGGCAUAGAGCAAGAGCAGUUGAAUUUUGGAUAGAAACCGGACGCGAAUGUUUCAAUCGAGGAAAUUUUAACAGUCUAAUGGCAAUCAUUGCCACUCUAACUGGUGGACCAAUUGGACGACUAAAAAAAACUUGGUCUAAAGUGACAUCUUCAUCGUCGUCCUUAUUGUCUGGUAUGACUUCGUCCAGUAUGAUUUCUGCUUCCGGAGGUAUGGGUGGUAACUCAUCUUCCUGUAGUAGUGCAGCUGGCGGUGGACGGCAGCAAUUGGCUAUCCUGGAACACCAAGCUGACCCAACUAAUAAUUUUGCAACUUAUCGGGCCACACUGCAAGCUGCUGCUUGGCGCAGCAUUCCAUCCACUUCUAGGUCCUCUUCCACGUCCUCAUCGCAGUCAUCGAAAAAUCAUUCAUCUUGCUCCUCCGAUGAUGCACACUCCAAGAAAGAAUCUACCAUAGCAGUAUUACCAUUUUUCAGCUUGUUGCUUAAAGAUCUCCAUUUCCUGAAUGAAACUAGUGGAAACUCAAUUCUUCCCAAUGGUCACAUUAACUACGACAAAUGGCGACAACUUGGUGAGAGGCUUUUAGAAAUUCGUCGUUGGCAAAAGCGAAGUAGCUAUCAACGGCGCUGCAGGCUUGGGCGACGGCAUAAAUCAGUGACAGCAGAAGUUGUAUCACUACGGGAAUCUAUUGAACGUGGUCCAAUAAUAGGUGACAAAGAGACAAAUUCUUUAGAAGCAUCGAAACAUAUUCGCGAACAAGUUGAUUCCACAACUUGUGUCGAUGACAGUGAGCGCGGUGCAGCAGCAUUGGCGAAGGUUAGUUACGAACGAGAGGCGCCCGAAGGUGCAGUUGAAAAAACACACUGGAAAUCCUUGCAACAGUAUAGCACCUAAGAUAUUUUUAUCAUCAAGGGAUCACAAUUUUACUAUAUAUGCUAUUUAUGUACUACUGGUAAGACCUGAUAGAUCCCGAUCUCUAUGAGGUCUAGAGCUCGAUCUUAUCCUUUUUAGGCCAUCACAUUAGACUGCUGCAAACUUUAUAUUUUCUGCUACCAGAACCCAAAAAUUAAUCAGUUACAGUUAGUUACUUGCUUAUUUUAAUAUAAAUAUUUUUUCGUAGCAAGAAAAAAAUUACAAACGACUUUCAAAUUAAGCAGUUCAUCGCUGAGUAUUACCAUUGUUUUAACAGUCAAACACUAAUAUGUGCACACAACUUAACUAUUAUAUUUAUUUUUUAGAUAAUAUUUCUAUCUUUAUUGUUAUAUUGCAUAAAAUCAGCUUUUUAAAAAGCAAAACGAUUUCAAUUAUUUAAUACUAGCAUGCUACAAUAGCUUUAAAACAGAUUUUAAUAGGACGAUCAGAUUACGAGAAACAAAAUCCUUGAAUCGUAAAUUUAGGUUCGUAAAAGUGUCUCUAAAUAUGAUAAUGGGCCCAAAUCUGACAAUUGCGUGUAAUUCACGGUCCAGUGAAAGAAGAGCUCUUAGGGCUUAAUUUGCUUUUAUGAAAUUAAUCAAUUCGUAGUACGCUAAGGCUCAUCUUGUGUUUGCAAUGCAGCGAUGCGACAAUGACCAAUGGUUUCCAUGGUCUAUUACAAACUCACUUUUUGCUAAAAGCAAAUUAAGCGCUACGAGCUUUUCUUUCACUGGACCAUGCUUUGAUUUAACUGAUUUUUUUCGAAUGAAAAUUUCAGGCGAACGUCAGAAUAUAGGGCCCUAUAUGAAACGUGUUCAUAUGAACCAACGCAGCAACAAUAUGUUUAAAAACAUGUAUCUGAUGGAAUCUU